AUGAGCCCUCCUCCAACUCAGGGGGCUGUCCUGUCAAGCAGUCGUGGGACAGUAGAAGACUUCUUCCUGGCCGGCCGAAGUCUAGCGUGGUUGCCGAUAGGUGCUUCUCUUUUUGCCGCAAAUAUUGGCAGUGGCCACUUUAUGAGCCUGGCUGGGAAAGGAGCGAUGUCAGGGAUCGCCGUUGGGGCCUUCGAGUGGAAUCCGGAGUCGGUGACCCUGCACUUUGUGUUCCUGGGCCCCUCCCACCAUCAGCUGCACCUGUGGGACAACCAGCACUUUGUGAGCAAGGUGGUGACAACGCCAGAAUAUUUGAGGAAGAGGUUUGGUGGCUACCGGAUCCCGUUCCUCCUCGCUAUUAUGUACUUAUUCCUCUAUAUCUUCAGUAAGAUCUCGGCCUUUAAGGAAGUGGGAGGAUACCAGGAGCUACUGCAUAAGUACGUAGAUGCUAAGCCAAGCAUAAUCCAUGAAGGAAACUGGACUGCCAAGCCAGAAUGCUACAUGCCUCGCUUGGAUUCUUUCCAUAUCUUCCGAGAUCCCAUCACUGGAGACCUCCCCUGGCCUGGAAUUGUCUUUGGUGUCUCCACCCUCUCCUUGUACUACCGGUGCGCCAAUCAGAUUUUUGUCCAGCGGUGCCUGGCAGGGAAGAACAUGUCUCAUGUGAAAGGCGGCUGUAUCUUUUGUGGGUACCUGAAGCUGCUGCCCAUGUUUAGCAUAGUGAUGCCAGGAAUGAUCAGCCGUGUCUUAUACCCAGAUAAAGUGGCGUGUGUUGUACCUUCAGAAUGUGAGAAGCACUGUGGUACCAGAACUGGUUGUAGCCCCAUUGCCUACCCAGUGGUGGUGGUAGAGCUGCUGCCCAAUGGUGUACGCGGCUUGAUGCUGUCCACAAUAUCAGCCUCUCUCAUGUCCUCCUUGACUUCUGUUUUCAAUUGUGCCAGCACCCUGUUCACAAUGGACAUCUAUACCCGAAUGCGGCCUAUGGCCACUGAAAAGGAACUCAUGGUAACAGGAAGGUUUUUUGUUAUAAUCUUAUUUGCUGUCACCAUCGCCUGGGUCCCUGUUAUGGAAACAGCACACAGUGAUCAACUCUUUGAAUACAUGCACGCAGUUAUGAGUUACCUGACACCACCCAUUGCUGCCGUCUUCCUGCUUGCCAUCUUUUGCAAGAGAGUCACCGAGCAGGGUGCCUUCUGGGGGCUGACUGGAGGACUUCUACUUGGCUUCUUUCGAAUGAUGUUGGAGUUUAUCUACGGACCCUGGAGCUGCCCGGCAAACAGCAAGUGCCCUCUGGUCAUCUGCAGCAUGCACUACCUCUAUUUUGCCAUCAUCCUCUUCGUAGUCAGUCUUUUCACCAUGCUGGGGAUCUCCUUAUUCACAGAUCCAAUUCCGGAUAAGCAUCUCUACCGGCUCUGUUGGAGUUUACGAAACAGCCAAGAGGAAAGGGUCGAUCUCGAUGCAGAGACACAAGGGAAGAGACCCGCACCCCAGGCACAGGCAGAUGUAUUCAAGGAGGCACAGAGCUGCCUCUGGAAGGCAUGGGACAUGUUCUGUGGCCUGGAGCCGCGGCCGAGCCCCAAAUUGGUCCCAGAAGAGGCAGCCGUGGAGAAGAUAGAGCGUGGUGCCACGUCUGAAGGGACAGAACACAGUGCCAUGUGGGAAGGGACAGUGCGCCAUGACACAUCUGAAGGGACAAUGCACAGUGCCAUGUUGGAAGGGACAAAGCGCCGUGAAACUUCUGAAGGGACAGAGCGCAGUACCACAUGGGAAGGUACAAAGCAGGGUGACAUGUGGGAAGGGACAAAGCGUGGUGACAUGUCGGAGACGCCCUUCUGGAGAAAAGUUGCCAAUGCCGGCGCAUUCUUCUUGAUAUUGAUCGUAAUCCUGUGCCACAUCCGCUACUCCUAAAGCAGCUGGGGCCCAGGGGCGUCUGGGAAGAGCAGACAGACCGCUGCCUCCUCAGACUCCCUCGUCACUAAGGACGAAGUGUUUCCUACCAGGAGACCCACGGAUACGGGACCAGGGAUGACAUUCAUGAAAACGCUCCCUCAUUGUGACACAUCAAGUGCCACCAGCUGCAGGACAUGCGUGCUGACGGAACAGAGUGAAGUCUUUUUGUGAUUGCAGAGACUAUGCAAAUGAGAACAUCUGUUCCUUUACAAAAUGAGUCAUUUUCUCCAAAUGGCUCUACUGCAUAAACACUGACUUUCACUUUAAAUUUAAUUUUGGCUUUUUAUCUCUAGAUAUAUUUGGGAUUUUUGCUUGUGUUUACUUUGAUGUCCUCAUUUCCUUCCUAUACCCAAUCUCCGUUUGCUUUGUUCUCUCCUCCUGCUUAAAGGUAUGGCCCUGCUGGCAAAGCUGCCACGUAGUGUAAGCGUCCCCCCAACACCACGGUUCCCACCCACAGGUGCCGUGCCCACUGCUGGUGACCUCACAGGCCAGCAGGAGCCAAAGCUGCCUGUGGAUGGAAACUUCAGCUCCUGCCUGGACCAACGGUGGGGCUGAGGCAAUCUUGGCCGCAGCGGAACAGGCCUCCCUACCACUCAGCACUGUCUGGCUGCAGCCACACCACACGCCGAGGGCAACCAGAGAGGAAACCUCCCUCUUUGCUGAGCUCUUCCCAGUCCCCACCAGUCUGUCUGCUGCUGGGACAUUCUUAGGCGCUGGGCCCCGGGGUUAGAGGCCCUUUAGCUGUCCAGUAUAGGCCACUCCUGGGCUGUGUCUCUGCAGGGGCUCCCAAAGCCAUUCCUUCUUCCUCUUCUCAGACCAAAAUAAAUGAUUUGUGUCUUUAGGAAAAGUUUCAGGUGCCUUGAAGUGAUUUGUGGGAGGGCCACACAGCAUCACAAAAAUCAUACUCUGAAGGCACGCUCACAUGACCAGUCCCUCAUCCCUAGUUUACUCCUUCAGCUGACGUUUUUGAGUGUCUGCCAUGUGCCAGCCACUGCAGGGAGAUAGCCGUGAACAGAGCCCGGGGCCAAUGGAGGAAACAAACAGUGAAACACUAGCGGUGAUAGCCGGCGUGUAGUCUGGC